CGAGCUCAAAGAAGGUGCAGGAGGGGAUCCCUCUCCUACGUUUCACGGAGGAUUUCGAUACUCCGUGGACAUAUAUGGCGUUAACGGGUCAUUGAUAAGAACGUAUGUGUGUGCAACACUUUGAAGUCAACAGAGCCCAUGUGGAGGAUAGCAGCUUCUCAUGGAACCCGUCAUAGUGUGUUUAUUAUCCGAAGGGGGGAAAGCGUCCUAUCACCCAAGCCCGAGCUACGGUGUGUAUAAAUAAGGCGUCCCAACAUCACAUCAGACGGCUCUGAUGUGCAGGAGGCCGCGACUGGAGGUAUGGCCGCCAUAACCCCUCCUAGGAAGAUCUCUACAUCGACUAGGCCGAAAGUCUCUCUGGAAAUCAUCACUGCAACUCAACUCCUCCUUCAAAUGGGCUUCCCCAAGAACAGAGCUGAGAAGGCAUUGGCAGCAACUGGAGAUAGGGGAGUGCAUUUGGCAUCAGACUGGCUUUUGGCUCAUGCUUAUGAUCCAUCUCUUGAUGAAGUAACACCACGGGAAUACAUCCUGUAUCUUUGCCCAACUGGAUCCUUUUUGGACCAAAUUCAGAUAUUCCUUAAGAAGUCCUUAGAGCAAUGUGGAUGGAAUGGAGCACACAAUUAUUUGCCUCACAUUGCUCUCAGCUCACACUUCUCUGUUGCAGAUUGCAAUAUGAAACAGGUGAUAAAGGCUUUCCAUGAUGUGAUUCGGAGAGUGCAGUCUGAAUUUCCAGAGGAUCUUAUCCUUGAGCCACACAUUACAUCUAACUUCAUGGGAUUAUUUGUCAAUGAACAGCAGGCUGAAAUUCUCAAACAGAUCUCCAUGGAAUUCAUUGAGGAGUGCAAGAAUUUCUCUUUCUCAGGAGACCCCGAAAGUCCCAAGUCUUUUCACCUGAGCUUUGCAUAUCAAUUCCCUGGCAACCAUACAGCCACACUGGAAAAUCUGGUCAAGAAGAUUGAUCACACUACACCAACACAGUGGGAGUUUCAUCUUUAUUCUCGAGAUGCUCACAUUAGGAGCUAUGAAGUUCAUAAGGUCCUUUUUCCUCUGGUACCUCAGGAGGUGACUGAGCUGGAACUCAUUCUAGGUGACUUUGUUUAUGUCAAACCAGAGUCAAUCAAUGUUUCCCCUGAUGGCUGGGUUGAGGGAACAUCAUGGCUGACAGGAUGUUCAGGAUUCCUGCCUUUGAAUCGUGUGAAACGGACACCUCAGACUGAUGCUUGGACAUUGCACAAGUCCAUCGCCUUGCCCCAGUCACAUGACCUCCUCCUCCUUGAGGAUGUAGGUGUGGGAAGACGUCCAUUCAUUGAAGUGCAACAGAGGCUCUCGAUAGAACAUGGUCAUCACAUAAGGCUGUUCUCAGAGCAGCCCAAUGUGUCUCACCCCAAGCAGGAAGAUUUCAGGAAACUGGCCACCACUGGCAAUGACAAUGUUGUGGAAAAGAUUCACAAAGUGGAAAAAGAAGCAGAUCCUAGUAGUGUCAAAGGCUCCAGGAAGUUGAUAAUAGUACGACAUGGAGAAAGAAUGGAAAACACAUUUGACUCUUGGAUCCUUGAUGUCUUUGAAGACUCUGGGAAAUACAAUCGUAAGGACCGCAACAUGCCAUGUCUUCUACCAAUGCGUGAAGGAGGUUGUGGUGCAUACUAUAGGGAUGGACCCCUGACCCAACUUGGACAUUUGCAGGCAAGAUCUCUGGGAGAAAUGAUGCAUAAAAUGGAUAUUCUUGUUCAUCAUGUCUACUGUUCCCCUUCAUACCGCUGCAUUCAAACAUGUGAUUCUAUCUUGAAAGGUAUGGGACUGCAGUCAUUGAUGAUCAAGAUUGAACCUGGCCUCUUUGAAUAUUUGGCUGGAUAUCAGGAUGGAAUGCCUACUUGGUUCACUCCUGCGCAGUUUCAUGACUUGGGGUUCAAUAUCGAUCUUUCAUAUGCACCUCUCGUUGUUGCCUCAGAACUCUAUGACAAAAAUGAAACUAUUGAGCAGUUCUACAUCCGCAACGCCUUCAUCUCUGAGAAAGUUGUCAAAGCAACUGAGACAGAAGGAGGGAACAUUUUGUUUGUUGCUCAUGCAGCAACAUUGGAGACAUGCACAAGGCUGUUGGUGGGCCAUGCACCAAGGAAUGGAUUCCAUUGUGUCAGUCUUCAGGUUCCAUACUGCGGUGUGGCAGUAGCUGAAGAGUAUACUGCAGAAAGUGGAGAAGGGAAAAAGUGGCGUGUUGUUGAGCCACCGUUUCCUCCAUUUACAAAUUCAGCUAAUUAUGGGUUCGACUGGAAGCUUUUACUCCACGAGAGGGAUUAUCCCAGUGACCAUCAGACGGAAAAGCGAGCCUCUGGAUGCCCCGGCCCCACCGCGCUGAUGAGCGAAGGAAAAGACCGGGGAGCAGACGAUGCGGCUGCUCCGCCGUCCACGGACCCCAUGGGGACGCUGCGACGGCUGCAUGCCAUUCCUAUCCAGGUCAUCCGGAGCCGUAUCAUCGAGCAGCGGGACGGCGACAGUGAAAUUUUGCGAAAUCGAGUAUUUCCUGGCAAACUCGGUGCAGUCGGUCGUGACCGAUCGUUCCCGUUCGGCUAG